AUGGAGGUGUCGGCCUCGCGGCUGGACGCGGCCGCCGCCGGGGACCUGGUGCUGCUCGACCCGCUCAGCGAGGAGUCGCUGCUGGGCGCCCUGCAGGAGCGCUUCCGCAACGGGGACAUCUACACCUACAUCGGCGACGUGGUGGUCUCGGUGAACCCCUACCGCCCGCUGCCCAUCUACACGGCCGAGACGGCGCAGCAGUACCGCGGCUGCGGCCCCUUCGCGCUGCAGCCCCACAUUUACGCCAUCGCCGACGCCGCCUACGUCUCGCUGCGCGACCACGACCGCGACCAGUGCAUCCUCAUCACGGGCGAGAGCGGCUCCGGCAAGACAGAGGCCAGCAAGCUGGUGAUGUCCUACGUGGCCGCCGUGUGCGGCAAGGGCCAUGAGGUGACCAAGGUGAAGGAGCAGCUGCUUCGAUCCAACCCGGUGCUGGAGGCCUUCGGCAACGCCAAGACCGUCCGCAAUGAUAAUUCAUCCCGAUUCGGCAAAUACAUGGAUGUGGAGUUCGACUUCAAGGGGGAGCCCCUGGGAGGCGUCAUCAGCAACUACCUGCUGGAGAAAUCCCGCGUCGUGCGGCACGCGCCGGGCGAGAGGAACUUCCACAUCUUCUACCAGCUGCUGGCCGGCGCCCCGGACGAGCUGCUCCAGCGGCUGCGGCUGCGCCGGGACUGCGGGCACUACGGCUACCUCGGCGCCGAGGGCGGCAGCCCGCGCGCCGGGGACGAUGCCGCCAACUUCGGCGCCGUGCAGGACGCCAUGGGCGUCAUCGGCUUCUCGCCCGACGAGGUGUCGGCGCUGCUGGAGGUGACGGCCGCGGUGCUCAAGCUGGGCAACGUGCAGCUCAGUGACCGCUUCCUGGCCGGCGGCACCGAGGCCUGUGGCAUCUCCGAGCCGCGAGAGCUGGAGGAGAUCUGCGAGCUGGUGGGGCUGGAGGCCGGCGCGCUGGAGCGGGCGCUCUGCUCCCGCACCGUGCGGGCGCGCGGCGAGGCCGUGCUCACCACCCUCAGCGUGGCCCAGGGCUACUACGUGCGGGACGCGCUGGCCAAGAACAUCUACAGCCGCCUCUUCGACUGGCUCGUGAGCCGCAUCAACAGCAGCAUCCAGGUGAAGCCGGGCCAGCAGAGGAAGGUCAUGGGCGUCCUGGACAUCUACGGCUUCGAGAUCUUCCAGCACAACGGCUUCGAGCAGUUCGUCAUCAACUACUGCAACGAGAAGCUGCAGCAGGUCUUCAUCCUGCUCACGCUCAAGGAGGAGCAGGAGGAAUACGUGCGCGAGGGCAUCCAGUGGAGCCCGGUGGAAUUUUUUGACAACAGCAUCAUCUGCGACCUCAUCGAGAACGGCUCCCGCGGCAUCCUGGCCAUGCUGGACGAGGAGUGCCUGCGCCCGGGCGCCGCGAGCACCGACACGCUCCUGCGCAAGCUGCAGCAGGCGUGCGGCGCGCACGGGCGCUACGAGAGCCGCGAGACGCACAGUGCCCGCCGCCUGCACGACGCCAGCCUGCCCGCCGGCUGCUUCCGCGUCCACCACUACGCCGGCAAGGUCACCUACGACGCGUCGGGCUUCGUGGAGAAGAACACGGACCUGCUGUUCCGCGACCUGUCGCAGGCCAUGUGGGCGGCGCGGCAGCCGCUGCUGCGCGGGCUCUUCCCCGAGGGCGACCCGCGCCGGGCAUCGCUCAGGCUGCCGCCCACGGCCGCCUCGCAGGUCAAGGCCUCGGUGGGCGCUCUCAUGCGCAACCUCUACUCCAAGAACCCCAAUUACAUCAGGUGCAUCAAGCCCAACGAGAGCAAGGCGCCCAUGGUGCUGGUGCCGGAGCUGGUGCUGGCGCAGAUCCGCUACCUGGGGCUGCUGGAGAACGUGCGCGUGCGCCGCGCCGGCUACGCCUUCCGCCAGCGCUACGGGCCCUUCCUGGAGCGCUACAAGAUGCUCUGUGCCCGCACCUGGCCGCGCUGGGAAGGCGGAGAGAGGGCCGGCGUGGAGACGCUGCUGUCGGAGCUGCCGGUGCCAGCGGAGGAGCUGGCGUUCGGGCACAGCAAGCUCUUCAUCCGCUCGCCACGCACCCUCUUCGACCUGGAGCGGCGGCGGCAGGAGCGGCUGGCGCAGCUGGCCACGCUCAUCCAGGCGGCCGUGCGCGGCUGGCGCUGCCGCACGCGCUUCCAGCUGCUGCGCAGGAGCCAGAUCCGCAUCGCCGCCUGCUUCCGCGGGCACGCGCAACAGCGGCGCUACCAGCAGAUGAGGCGCUCGGCGCUGCUGCUGCAGGCCCACGCGCGGGGCUGGAAGGUGCGCAGGACCUACAAGAAGUAUUUCCGCUCCGGGGCCAGCGCCCGCCUGGCCAACUUCAUCUACCGGCGGCUGGUGCAGCGGUUCCUGCUGGGGCUGCGAAACAACCUCCCUCCGCUGGCGGUCGCAGACAGGACGUGGCCCCCGGCGCCCUACGGCUUCCUGGGCAGCGCCAACGAGCAGCUGCGGGACAUCUUCUACCGCUGGAAGUGCAAGAAGUACCGGGAGCAGCUGACGCCGCAGCGGCGGGCGCUGCUGCAGGCCAAGCUGUGCGCCAGCGAGCUCUUCAAGGACAAGAAGAGCCUCUACCCCAAGAGGUUCUCCACCCGCUUCCCCAAGGGUGACGUGGCCGUCACCGUGGUGGAGUCGGCGGCCAAGGACGGCCGCGACGGCCCCGUCUGCAAGAAGAAGGGCAGCCACAAGAUGGAGGUGCUGGUGCACUGA